GCUCGUGGCAUCCACAAUUAAGCAAAAGCCACUGAUCAGCUAACUAUCGCACAGUGCAGUGUGGUGAAGAACACUGAACACACACUCAGUUUGCGUAGCUAGAUAAAGGUUUGUGAGCUUAUUAGCCAUGGCUUGCAGGAGUACGUGGCAUUGUUUGCUCGCCCUCUUCCUCCUCUUCUCCGCCGCGUAUGGGCAGCUCUCGCCGACGUUCUACGCCAGGAGCUGCCCGACACUGCAGCUCAUCGUGCGCGCCACCAUGAUCAAGGCGCUCCUCGCCGAGCGCCGCAUGGGGGCCUCCCUCCUAAGGCUCCACUUCCAUGACUGCUUCGUUCAAGGCUGCGACGCAUCCAUUCUUCUGGACGACGUGGGGAGCUUCGUGGGCGAGAAGACUGCCGGCCCUAACGUGAGAUCGGUACGCGGCUACGAGGUCAUCGACGAGAUCAAGGCGAACGUGGAGCUCCUCUGCCCCGGCGUCGUCUCCUGCGCCGACAUCGUCGCCCUCGCCGCAAGGGACGGCACCCUUCUGCUCGGCGGGCCCACGUGGCAGGUGCCGCUCGGCCGGCGCGACUCAACGACGGCGAGCUUCGCCGAGGCCAACUCGGACCUCCCGGCGCCGACAUCGAGCCUCAACGCUCUCAUCGCGGCGUUCGCCAAGAAGAACCUGAGCGCGCGGGACAUGACGGCGCUCUCGGGCGCGCACACCAUCGGCUUCUCGCAGUGCCAGAACUUCCGCGGCCACAUCUACAACGACACAAACAUCGACCCGGCGUUCGCCACGCUCCGGAAGCGCAGCUGCCCCGCCGCGGCGCCAAACGGCGACGGCAACCUGGCCCCCUUCGACGUGCAGACGCAGCUCGCCUUCGACAACGCCUACUACGGCAACCUGCUCGUCAGGCGCGGGCUCCUGCACUCGGACCAGGAACUCUUCAACGGCGCCUCCCAGGACGCGCUCGUCAGGCAGUACAGCGCCAACCCGGCGCUCUUCAACUCCGACUUCGCCGCGGCCAUGAUACAGAUGGGGAAAUUCAGGCCGCUCACCGGGACGGCCGGACAGAUCAGGCGCAACUGCAAGGUCGUCAACAGCUGAUCAAUCGUCGUCGUCUCAUUAUAAACUUCACAGUGCUAAGUGUGCAACGUGAGCAUGCGUACAAGUAAGUACGAUAUGUGGUGAUGGACAUGCAUGUGUAUAGUUUGGUUGGCUACAAAGGAACCCAACCAUGCAAGCAGCUUGCAUGCGUGGAUGGAAAAAAUAAGAGAUGUACGGUUGGUUCAAAUAAUUCCUGGGGUUCAAAAGUGAGUAACCCUGCUUCCAGGUUGUAAGAUACCUUUGUGCCUGAUCAUGUAAUUGGCUCUCGCCGUCCUAUAUUAAGUGACUAUAUAUUUCAUAUA